AUGAUUGAUAUAGCACCUUCGACCUCUUCCAUGGUAAUUCAUUCAGCGGAGAAUCAUCGAUCUAAGAAGAAUCUAUCUCAAGUAUCCACAACACCCAAACCUACGACGCUAAUCACAAGGACUGUCAAAGGCAAGGCGUUAACAGUCACAGCGACGUCGAUCAGUGUCGGAUUAGAUUGCGGUAACGACAAUAUCUUUGGGAUUGAAGUAUGUGCCAACGGAUCGGGAAAUGGUAAUCAUAUUCUAGUGUGA